CACGUGGGGAACUCAGCACUGACCAACAUGGCUGCGUGCAGUGUGGAGCAGUUGUUGGCUAAAGCCGAGCAAGAAGAAGCAGAAAAACUGAAAAGUGUUUCCGUCCACAAAGAGCUGGACCUGGACUUUGACGUCGGAAACCUGCUCGCUUGUGACAAAAACCGCGUCGAGUCCCGAGACUUCAGGCAGCAGAAGAAGGAGGACUUCCUGCGCUCGUUAGCUCGAGACAACACGCAGCUUCUCAUCAACGAGCUAUGGAAACUACCCACGGAGAAAGUGGAGGAGGCGAUAGUGGCCAAACUGCCGGACGCGACGACCCCGCUGCCCAGAGAGAAGCCGCCUCCCAAGCCCAGACCUCCGACCAAAUGGGAGCAGUUCGCCAAGCUGAAGGGAAUCCAGAAGAAGAAGAAGACUAACCUGGUGUGGGACGAAAACGCCAAGGAAUGGAAGAGACGCUGGGGCUACAAGAGGGCCAACGACGACACCAAAGAGUGGCUGAUCGAGGUGCCGGAGACCUCGGACCCCAAUGAGGACCAGUUCUCCAAACGCGUAAAAGCCAAGAAGGAGAGGGUGGCCAAAAACGAGCUCAACAGGCUGAGGAACAUCGCCAGAGCGCAGAAAGUCAAAGUCCCAGGUGUGGGUCUGACCCCCAAAGCCCAGCAGUCCAAAGACGAGCUGUCCAGAGCGGUGAGUGUGGCCAAGACCUCCACAGCCUCCAUGGGCAGGUUCCAGGACCGCCUGCCCAAAGAGAAGGCGCCCAAGAACACGGGCAAGAAGAGGAAGUUCGAGCCCCUCAUUGGAGACUUUUCCAACGAGAAGCAGAGACAACUGGAGCUUCUGAAAGUCUUGGACAGCAAGAAGCCCAAGCUGGACGUCACCAAGGCUGUGAACAAGCAGAUGAGGGAGGAUGACAGAGAGGAGGCUGCAGCCAAACACAAGAAAGGAGCAGGAAAGAAGGGACGGAAAGGAAACAUGCAAGGGAAGGGCAGAGGGAAGGGAGGGAAAGGAGGGAAAGGAGGGAAAGGAAGACCUGGAGGAGGUAAACCUGGAGGAGGAAGACCUGGAGGAGGAGGAGGAGGGAAGAAGAAAGGCAAACCUGGGAAGCACUGAGGACUGUCGUGUCGUCCGUGUGGCUGCGUGUGUUUUAAAGCGUUGGACUGGACGUUGAUGAUGCUGAUAUGAACUGAGGGCCUGUGACUGACAGGUGUGAUGCUGUGACAGUCCAGGAUACCUGAUUCUCUGCUCCUCCAUGUACAUUAAUCUUACCGUUCACCGGUAUCAGCAUUCAUUCUUAGAUGCUGAUUAAAAUGAUAACAAAUGUCUGAUAUUGAUGUCAAACACUUUACAAAUAUACUUUAAUAUUGAAGUACAAGUUGAAAUCGA